AUGAGGCUCACCCCAGAGCUCAUCCGGGACUCGCUCUCGUACCUCAACACUCUCAAGGAGCGAGAACUCGAUCUACGAGGUCAUCGAAUCCCCGCCAUUGAGAAUCUGGGUGUCGCUGGGCCCCACGAUGCCAUCGACUUGACAGACAACGACAUCCAGGUCCUAGGUAACCUGCCCCUCUCGCCGCGCAUCACGACGCUCCUCCUGGCGCGCAACCACGUGUCCGCCAUCCAGCCCUCCCUGGCAAACUCGGUGCCCAGCCUGACGAACCUGGCCCUUUCGUCCAACAAUAUCGCUGAGCUGGCGGACCUGGAUCCGCUGGGGAAGCUGGGGAGGUUGACGCACCUCGUUCUCGAGGACAAUCCCGUCACAAAGAAGGAGAACUACCGCUAUUGGGUCAUCUGGAAAUGCCCUUCGGUGCGAUUCCUCGAUUACAGCAAGGUCAAGGAGGCGGAGAGGAAGAGAGGAGAAGAACUGUUUGGAACGGCUGAAGAGCCCACGGCCCUGGCCACAGAGAUCAUGAACAAGAAGUCCAAGGGCGCAUCCGUCACGACCAACGGAUCGUCAGCACAGGCCCCGUCCAAGCUGUCGAGGAUAAAGCUCACCGACUCGGAGAAGAAGAAGCUGCAGGAGAGGAUCAGGAACGCCACCAGCCUGCAGGAGAUCAUCGCGCUGGAGAAGGAGCUCAACGAGGGGAGGCUGCCGACUGGUAUCCACGGGGAUAGCGAGGAUGUUGCCAUGCAGGAAUAG